AAACGCUAAAGUGUAUGUUAAAUGAUAAAACUAACUUUCUUUCAUAUGGAUUUUACUGAGUAAAGAAUAAUAUCUCAUACAGACUUAGUGUGAAUAAAGCUUUUAGGCUAUGGAGAACUUUAUCUGCUUAUUCGUAAUAAUUGUCGCACUGUCAAGUAAAAUAGGAUUAUCAGCUGGUCAUCAGUGCCCCAAAAAUAAUAACAUCAAGAACUGCACAACUCAUGGCGAUUGUCCAGUCGGUCAAGCGUGUUUGGGAACCGACGUAAAUAAGAUAUGCCGCGACUGUGAAUGCCAUCAAACUAGUCAAUGUUAUCUGCAAGGCAACAGUGUCAACUGUAAUUGUACAAAUUCGGGGUACUCCGGACAUCAUUGCGAGUGCGAGAAGAAAAACCACAGUGAUAUUGUAUUAUGGCAUAGCUACUGUAUAAAGUAUUCGAAUGAAUUCCUUAUUCUUGACAAUGGUUUUUGGACCGGUGAUUGUUCAGGUGCAAUGAAAUUCUUUACUAUGGAUACAUCAUAUUGUUUCCAGCAAUGUGUCGACAGACCAACAUGCUAUGUUGCUUUCUACGAAGGACAUUCUUCAAUUUGUAAUUUAUUUGUUUAUUCCACACCUCCAAUGCUCGGUGAUAUUAUGGAUAAAGUGGUAAGGUCGGCAUGGAAUUCGCGUUCUGAAGUACGCGUUCGAAAUUGUAUUGAAAGGGUUUUUGACGAAGACUAAUUUCGUCUGCUAUGUGACAUGAACUUAAUAUUAUCGUGGAUUUCUGUUUGUUAUUGAUAUUUUAUGUUGUAAUACGAUUGAAUAAAGCAAAUAUUGGGUAACGAUCUUG